AUGAGCGGUGGAGUUCUUUUGACUUACUUCACAAUUCGAACAACUUAUGUUGGCGUGGUUAUAACCUAUGCAGUCUUAAUGGGUUCUGGUUUGGGACUUGGAUACUCAGUAGUACUAACAGUUGCAGCUUCGUGGUUCCCAGAUCAUCGCGGCCUGAUUGUUGGAAUGGUGGCCGGUGGGUUUGGUCUUGGAGCAUUGGUUUUCACACCAAUUCAAACAGCACUGAUCAAUCCCAAUAAUGUAAAGGUGAAUAAUGUUACAAGACGAUUUACCGAUCCUGACGUCUUGGACCGUUUACCGUCAGCAUUUCUCAUACUUGGUGGUAUUUUGCUGUUUAUUCAAGUUAUUGGAUUUGGAUUAUUACGUCCUAAACCUACUUCAAAACGUGCAAGUAGUUCAAACACAAGUAAUCCGAAUUACAGCCCAAAGGCAUCAUCCUCACUUAAUGACAAAUUGAGCUUAUCCAGGGAAAUCAAUAUCAGUCCAAAACAAGUUUUUCGUUAUAUUGAUUUUUAUCUAUUAUGGUGCAUAAUGUUCUGUGACAUAAUACCAAUCACCAUCAUUACUUCUGCGUACAAACUAUUUGGUCAAACAUUUAUUAGCGAUGACAGAUUUUUGUCAGCUGUGGCUACAGCUUCAUCAUUGUUCAACUGUGCAGGACGUAUUAUCUGGGGUGAAAUUGUUGAUCGCGUCUCGUUCAAGUUACCAAUGUGCACAAUGUUACUUACCUGGAGUGUAAUUCUGAUAACAUUUCCGCAUAUCUCUCUGUUGACGGGGACAACAUUAAAAGUUUUUUACACUAUAUGGGUACUACUCUUAUUUUUCACAUUGAGCGGUACAUUUGUUAUUCAGCCUGCGGCAACUGGAACUCUGUUUGGUCCUGUUCAUAUGGCUGUUAAUUAUGGCUUAAUAUUUAGUGCAUUUACUGUAGGAAGUGUUUUAUGUGCAACGGUAACGACAUUAGUGAGCUAUCAAAAUGCAUAUAUAGUUCAGUUUACUGGCUGUGGUUUUGUAUGCUUGUUCGCAUUCUUUCUUGCCUUAUGGAUUAAAGAUCAAAAGAUGCCUGAAAAGGUCAACCGUUGUCAACUGUGUACUGAUACCUGUCGAAGUUUAAGAAUACCUCAGCCUAUUAGUGUAACUGCUGAAGAACUCGAAAGACUUAAUCAAGCUAAUCCAAACAAUUAA